CGGCAUUGGCAUGCCCUACCUUGCCAUUAAUCCCCAUUGCAACGCGCUACCCUCCUCUUCCUCCGUCGGCAAUGGCGGACGCUACCAGUAGGGCGGCGAGCUCUAACAAUGAUCCUCUUCCAAGAUUCCUCCGUUCCUUCAUCGACUUGAAGCAGCUGAAGCUCUUCUACCACUACCUGAUCUCCCACGCCCUGCACCUGAUCCUCAUCCCCCUCCUCGGCACAGCCGCCACCCGCCUCAGCGGUGACGAGCUCCUCCAUAUCAGGGAUGCCCUCCGCCUCCACCUCGUGGCCGUUUUCGUCUGCUCCUCAGCCGCCGCCUUCCUCGCCGCGCUCUACCUCAUGAAGCAGCCGCGUCCCGUGUACCUCCUCGACUUCGCUUGCUUCAAGCCCGCACCGGCGCUCAAGUGCAGCCGAGAGUUCUUCGUGGAGCACUCGAUGCGCACCGGCAUCUUCACCGCCGAUAACCUCGCGUUCCAGAAGCGGAUCCUGGAGCGGUCCGGGCUGGGGCAGUCGACCUACUUCCCCGAGGCGCUGCACAAGACGCCGCCCGACCUGUGCAUGGCGGAGGCGAGGAAGGAGGCGGAGAUGGUCAUGUUCGGCGCCGUCGACGAGCUACUGGAGAAGACCGGCGUGGAGCCCAAGGACAUCGACAUACUCAUCGUCAACUGCAGCCUUUUCAACCCCACCCCUUCCCUCGCCGCCAUGAUCGUCAACCACUACAAGCUCCGGGGAAACAUCCAGAGCUUCAACCUCGGCGGAAUGGGAUGCAGCGCCGGCCUCAUCUCCAUAGACCUCGCCAAGCAACUCCUCCAGGUGCAUUGGAACGUGAACGCGUUGGUGGUGAGCACGGAGAACAUCACUCUCAACUGGUACUUCGGGAACAACCGGUCAAUGUUGGUGCCCAACUGCCUCUUCCGGUUGGGCUGCGCCGCCGUGCUGCUUACCAACCGGAGGUCUGCCCGGUGGAGGGCCAAGUACCAGCUGAUCCACACGGUGCGCACCCACAAGGGCGCGGACGACGGCAGCUACGGGUGCGUGUUCCAGGAGGAGGACUCCGAGGGGAAGGUAGGGGUGUCGCUGUCCAAGGACCUGAUGGCUGUCGCCGGCGAGGCACUGAAGUCCAACAUCACCACGCUGGGCCCGCUGGUGCUGCCGCUCUCCGAGCAGCUGCUCUUCUUCCUGAUGUUGGUGGCGCGGCGGGCAUUCCGAUGGCGCAGCGUCCGGCCGUACAUCCCCGACUUCAAGCUCGCGUUCGAGCACUUCUGCGUGCACGCCGGCGGGAGGGCGGUGCUGGACGAGCUGGAGAAGAGGCUGGGGCUGACGGAGGGGCACAUGGAGGCGUCGAGGAUGACGCUGUACAGGUUCGGGAACACUUCGAGCAGCUCGCUGUGGUACGAGCUGGCGUACACGGAGGCGAAGGGGAGGAUGAGGAAGGGGGACCGGACGUGGCAGAUCGCGUUCGGGUCGGGGUUCAAGUGCAACAGCGCGGUGUGGCGGGCGCUGCGCACCGUCGAGCCGGCGAAGGAGAAGACGAAGAACCCAUGGGCCGACGAGAUCCAUGAGUUCCCGGUCCAAGUCCCAAAAGUAGAAACCAUUCAUUAAAUUAGUAAUUAAUUAGUGGCUUCUAAUUAAUCUAUUCGUUAGAACACUUUGUUAUUUGCUACGUAACCUAUACAAUUAAGAGCAAAAAUAGAUCAUUAAUUAAAAAAGGAUUACAAUUGGAAUA